UUAUUUCUUAUAAGUGUGUGGCUGUGUUGCUUUUCGCUGCAUCUGUGGUGUGCUGUUAUAUUUGUGUCGUCUGCGUGGAAAACAUCCUGAUCUGUGGUGACACUUGUGGAUAACAACGACCAUUUGCCGAUUCGUGACAGUGCAGGAAUUUACAUGCAAUCCUCAGCAGUGCCCUGAGACUGCGUGCGACUUCGUUGACUUGCACAACUUGGACCACAAGCACCCAGUUGCGAUGAGUGCCCUCAGAGCAUCUAAUGCUCCCAAGGAGCGACGGAAUUCAGAGAAACGGAAAGAGAAAUCCCGCGAUGCAGCACGUUGCCGUCGGAGCAAGGAGUCUGAGAUCUUCACGGAGCUGUCCCAGCAGCUUCCCCUGCCUGAGUCAGUGGCUACGCAGCUGGACAAGGCAUCCGUCAUGCGUCUCGCUCUUAGUUACCUGCGGAUGCAGGAGUUGCUUGAGCCACUUUCUGAGCUAACGGAGAAUGUGGUGCCCAGUGCACACGACAGCUUCAUGCUUGAUGCCCUGGACGGAUUUCUUCUGGUCCUGUCCACAGAAGGCGAAGUUCUGUUCCUCUCAGAGAAUGUUGGCAGAUAUCUUGGCCUGAACCAGGUGGACCUCAUUGGGCAGAGCCUGUACGAAUUUUGCCAUCCAUGUGACCAUGAUGAAGUGAAGGGAGCCCUGGAGCCUGAGACCCCAGGCCCUGGGCCCUGCUCCUUCUUUGUGCGCAUGCGCUCAGCCCUUGGCAGCAAAGGCCGUGGUGUGAGCGUAAAAUCAGCGACCACUUACAAGGUCAUGCAUUGCAUUGGACAUGCAAUCCUCAGAAAUGUGACUGUAUCUUCAAGCCAUCUGCUUGAGGAAGAUGACGUGGAGGAGGCUGAGCGUCCACAGCAGGAAAAGCGUAGCUGCCGCUACUUGGUCUGCGUAGCCCGACCAAUACCUCAUCCGGCAAACAUUGAGGUGCCGCUUGACAGCAGAACUUUUCUGAGCAGACACAAUCCAAGCAUGCGCUUCACGCACGUAGAUGAAAGAAUUGAGGAGUUCCUUGGUUACCCGACGGAGGAGCUACUGGGAAAGUCUGUGUACUCCUACUUCGAUGCAAGGGAUGUUCCUACUCUUCAGAAGGACUUCAAAACAUUGUUUUCCAAAGGUCAGUGUGAGACCGGACAGUACCGCUUCCUGGCUAAGCAUGGUGGAUGUGUGUGGGUUCUGACACAAGCGACACUAAUCUACGAGAACAGCAAUUCCACCAAGCCACAAUGUGUUGUCUGCGUCAAUUACGUGCUUAGUGGUUGCAUAAACAAGAAUGACAUCCUAGCGGAGGAGCAAGUGGUAACGCCGAGACCCAAGGCAGCUCGGCCGCCUUCAACCGUUGAGGACCAAGUGGCUGCACCGGCAGCAGUACCUGCAGUGUUGAGUGUGUCAACAGCACUGCAGCAGCAGGAACCAAAGCCCUGUGCGCCAGUGGCCAGCUGCGAGGUUUACUGUCCUCCUGUGUCUAGCAGUACAACAAAGAUAUUUGCCCCACGUACAGCCGACAUGAACAAGGGCUUCCUGAUGUUUGCUGACGACGAUUCUGGAAUUACAGUACUGAAAGAAGAAUGUGAACCAGAGGACUUAACACAUCUGGCUCCACAGGCUGGAGAUGACAGCAUACCAUUGGAAGACUUGCCUUCAGAUGUGCUGGACGACUCGUUUGUUCUGCCUGACCCAUAUGGGCAUAACAAGCUGAUUCCUGAUUAUGCGCUUCUGCCCACCGAAGAAUGCCCCACCCUUGGGGGUUGUGGAGGAAGAGUCAGUCCCAUGGGUCAUGGCGACCCCUUCCUCAGCUACCGGGACGACGACCCCAUGUCUUCUCCUGGGUCGUGUGGCACAUCCCCUUCGGAAGGCGGUAGCCGUUCCGACAGCCUCCUUUCUGACCUUCCCGGUCUCGAGAGUCCCAUUGACCAAUUCUCAGGCCUGGACUUGCAGACGGAUGGGAACUCACAGCUGCAGGAAGAAGAGUUUGAUAUGAGAGCACCAUACAUUUCCAUGACUGGAGACGACUUUCCGCUCUUGAGUCCAACAGACUCUGUCAUGUGGGGUCCGCAGGAUUCUCCUGGUGGAUCAUCAGGUCGUAGCUCACUUUGUGACAGUCCUACAUUUGUGGACAGUCCACCUCCAUUGAUACAGUCCACUCUCCCAUCUCAUCGGAGUCCUAACCUCAAGUCGAGCUUGGCCGCACUGCUUGUUGCCGAGCUUCCUCCCCCUAGGCCACGAGACUGCAAUCGGAAUCGCAGUGCCUCUGCUUCGACGCGGCGGUCCCACAGCACAACGGAACACCACAUCCCGAGCAGGUCUUUACGGAAUCAAGGCACGAUCCAAAGGUCGAAUGCGAGAUCACUCAUCGAGCAUGGCACCAUUGGGAACCAUCAUCGGUAUUAUAGUACAUCAUCGCUGGAGUUGAAAAUGCAAAUGCCGUCACCUCCGGACCCACCGCCCAAGAGAGGGAGCUGUGGAGGGCGAGGCGGCGUGGGGAGUCCUAAAAGGAUGAGGGUGGACGUACAAGCUUUCCGCCUUCACAACAAAGACAGCGUCCUCUUGAACCUCCUGGUAAACGGUGAAGAUGCCAGUCAUGGGUACUUGUGCCAAACAUUGCACUACGACAAGAGGGCUCCUCCUGCCAAUGGUUCCAGCCCUUCGCUUCUAUUAGACGAGGCUUUCCCUAGCCUGCAAGACAUUGCCCAAUUGGACGCCGAGGUGAGUGGUCCCAUCCACCAACUGCUCACUGGAGAGGACUUGUUGAGUGCCCUCGACCAAUCAGUGCCAGCGCUCGUCUAGCCCCUCACCCAUCGUAUUCUUUACCAAGUGCUGCUUUUUAUUAUUAUUAUUAUUCCUCUACUUCAUAUUUUUCUGUUUUCCUCCUGUUUGUUUCUCGUGAAAUCGUCAUCAUACCUUUUGAACUUUGUGACAAUUUCCUGCAUGACUCUGGAAAGGUCUGUCUCAUGAACUUUCCAAAACUUAGAGUGACCUGAAGGAACGAGAAAUACUUCUGGGUGCGGCUCUGCGUGCUGGCACCAUCGCUAUACGUAUACGGUGUUAUGUACUCUCUGGGGAAGUAUCACUUUUUCACAAACCUUGAGCCCCUGUUUGUUUGGCACCCUUCUGCUGGUGUGAUACCAGAAACACGUGUUGCGGUUCUCGGCCAGGAAAUGAAUUUCCUUCUUAAUGCAUCAGGACAGCGAAGUUACGGUAUAAUCACGCCGGAAAUUGCCAUAUCUUAUCCAAGAAUAUAUUGCAUUGUUAUGGAAAUUUUGAUAUAGUUUGUGUUCUGUUCAAACUCUUGGAUUCCACCAUGAACUUGUUGGUGUCUGAAGGGUGCGUCUUACCCAUGUGGUAUUUGUGCCAUCAUUAUCUGUAUGUCCUUCUCCUGUUUUCCGUUGGUGAGUGGCCAUGUCGCUGCUAUAGACUGCCAUGCUGUCAUUGUAAUCUCGCAUCACUGCCGGCAUGACAAUGCAAAAAACUUCUUCGCAACAAGAAAAACAUACACACACACACACACAUGCAUGCCGCUUCUCAACACUUCCAUAAUCAGGUUCUCUGCGACCCCACACAUUUCAAGGAAAGUCUUUUCGCUGGUGCUAGUUUACGAGCUGAGCCACGGGACUUUUGUUUUGGAAUGCGUUUGCUACUUACCGAAGUGUUUCACCUUCAUCUUCCCUAUUUUCGUCUUAGUCUUUCACCUAGCCUGAGCAAAUGUGAUUGUGUUUUGGCAAUAGCAGGUUUUAAAAAAAAUUGUGUUCCCGUUGUAUUGUGGCUUGCUCAAGCUUAGACGUGGUAAGCAUUGUGCUGCUGAUCCUAGGAAGUGCUGUAAAUAGCUUGAUUUUGCUUCAGUGCUUUUGUCCCAUAGUACAAAUUUUUCAUGGAUGAACCAUUGACGACGUGUUGAACCAUUGUCUUGAAUGUACAGAAAUGUUUUACAGAGACUUACGGUCGACCGACACAGUGUGUAUAUAAAACUACGGUUCCACUUAGCGGGUGCAUACCACUUGAUAAACGUGGGCCUUGCACAAACUGCCACUAGGUUGAGCGGUAUUCAGGAGUGUUACCAGCAAUGGUAUUGCAGCCAGAAAAUGAGACGUGCCCUGCAGUUACUGCCAAAGUGCCUGAUUCGUCGUCACGUUCAGCAGCACGCACAUCACGGGACAAAAGGGGUCCCAGCAACGACUACUAACCGCAGCGUAUCUCAAUACGAAAAGCAAAACAAACCUCAAAGACGUCCAGACUUGACAAACGGCCCUGUGCGACCGUUUGAUUUGUAGAUUUGUAGAUUCCCGUACUGAAUUUUUGUUCUUCCUGCAAUCUUGAUGUCGUCCGUUUCUGAGGUAGCACCUGUAAAUAGCUGCUUUAAAGCAAACAAUAGUAGUCCUUUGUUGCAGGUGGUAGUCCUGUCCCAUAUCUCGAGUUCCCCUGCAUGGUUUUUGUUAAGUGCGAGAAUCCGAAAAGGUAGGAUUGCAUUCUGAGGUGGCACAAUGGGAGGAGCUACAUAUCCUUAUCAUUGUGCUUGCCCUUGUCUUUCUUUUUCUUUUUUUUUUCUUGGAGAGGUUUUAAGGUGGAAAGUUAAGAGAGACUUUUAUGGAGAGCUCUAUAUGUAUCGUUAUACAUCGAAGGAAAGUAUAAUAGUGAGAGUAUUUGUGUGAUGAUUGACGCGUCCUUGUGAGGGUGCACUCACUAGUUCUGUCUGAGGCUUCUGUACUCUACAGAGAGGUUUGUUUUUAGGUUACGUAUACACAUGUUACUUUCUUUUCUUUCCAUUCUUUGAUGGCUUUCAUAGUCAACGAGAAGCAUUACUAACGUUCUAGAUCAGUAACUCAAAGGAUGAGUUUUUGGGAUGUGUUAGGACGUGAGGAAAGUGUUACUUUUGGCUCCUUUAUCGUAGCUGAUGUACGCCUACGUAGAGAAAGUGUAGCCAUGGAGAGACUUUGAAUGUGUGGGUUGUGUUGAGACAGCAUCUGUUUACUUUUUAAUCUGUGGAUGAGGCAUGGCCAGAUUUCUAUGGUAUGGGGAUUUUUCAUUGUUAUUGUUGAUGAAUAUGGGCCGUAUUUUUGCCACUGCAGCAGAGAGAUAUGUAUAUUGUUGAAUAUUCAUGGGCAUGGAAUUGUCAAUACUCUCACAUAAACAAGCUGUUGUAAAGUACAAUGUAGUUAUGGAGAAAUAAAACGGUAAUAUCUUUC